AUGUCCCAAAAUAAAAGUAUCGCCAUUAUCGGCACCGGUCCUGCUGGAGCCAUUGCGGUCGAUGCGCUAGUUCAGGAAAACUCGUUCGAUUUAAUCCGCGUCUUUGAAAGACAAGAAAAGGCCGGCGGGUGUUGGGUCUCACGAGAAAACGAGAAUGCUGUACCUUUGGAUAUUGACAACCUUUCAGCCAGAACUGCAGAUGGGCCGGUUCCAAUUCCCGCCAAUCUGCCUCAACAUGUUCCCACAUUGUCUCAGCAUCGCUACUUUGACUCUCACGUCUACCCCACUUUGCACGCCAAUGUGGAUGCCUCGGUCAUGGAGUACUCUCAGGAACAGAUUCCGAGAAUCCUCUCGGAAUGGUCUGUUGGCGUCCAUGGACCGGAUACUCCUUUCCGCCAUCACACGGUGAUCAGGCAGUAUAUCGAGGAUCUAUUAAACCGAAAUGGUUACCAAGAUCUUGUGGAGUACAAUACGACUGUUGAGAGAGCGGAAAAGGAUGCCAAGACCGGCAAAUGGACCUUGACUUUGCGGCGUGCUGGUCAACCGAAUGGCUUCGAUUACUGGUGGACCGAAACCUUCGAUGCUUUGGUGGUUGCCUCAGGGCAUUAUGCGGUACCAUAUGUACCUGCAAUCGCAGGACUUAAAGAGUUUGCGGCGAAAUACCCAGGCAGUGUGGAGCAUACGAAGCAGUACCGUGGCCCCGAACGGUACAAGGGCAAGUGCGUAAUCACCGUUGGAGCUUCUGUUUCCGCGGCAGACACCGCCGUUAGUCUGGUGAACCAUGCAAAGAGUCCCGUUUAUGCUGUUGUGCGCGGAAAAUACAACGCUUACUUCGGAGACGAAGCAUUCAGGCACCCGCAGAUCGAGCGUCGACCACCGAUCUCGCACAUAUCUAGCGAUAAUGGGGAGCGGACAGUGCACUUUGAAGAUGGGACUUCAGUAUCAGACGUGGACCAUAUCAUCUUUGGUACUGGCUUCACAUGGACCUUGCCUUUCUUACCCGAUAUCCCAAUUCGAAACAACCGUGUACCGGAUCUCUAUUUGCACGUGUUCCAUCAGCGGGAUCCCUCUCUAGUGUUCUUAGGAGCGGUUGGUGCUGGGUUGACUUUCAAAGUCUUCGAAUGGCAAGCCGUAGCCGCCGCGCGCGUUCUGGCCGGAAAGGCACAGCUGCCGUCUCUGGAAGAGCAGCGGAGGUGGGAAGAAGACCGCAUCGCGAAGAAGGGUGAUGGCCCGGGAUUCUUAAUGCUGAACCCCGACUUUGAGACGUACUUCGAGCAGCUCCGACAGCUCGCGGGCGAGCCUGCCGAGGGAGAACCGGGACGGAGACUACCGCCGUUCAAGCAGCAGUGGGUGCAUACUUUCAAUGCUGGACAUCAACGGCGGAUCCGCAUGUGGAAGAGAGCUAAUAAGGCUGCUGGGACACAGAGCAAGCUAUAGAGAUAGAUAUGUAUGCU